AUUGUAUAUUCAAGAAAAAACCGCACAAUGCGCGCCCAUUCAUUCGUUGGGCACACUUCCCAAUCUAGAUGCCCGCAUGUGCAAGAAUAUGCCAUUCUACCAUGCACGUGCAUCCUCAUUCUCGCAAGCUAAUCUACUGUAUGCAAGCCACGCAUCAGGGGAGCAUCGCUCAGGGCUAGGUGGCCGGCUCGCCCAACACCGCUGAAUCGGUAGGGCGUCCGAAAAUCACCGCUUGGAUACCUUACGGGCGCCCCCUACGUCCCCAUCCCAACCUCGUCUCCAUAGUCAGAACCGCAACCGCCCAGACCCAACCCCGCAACUUGCAAGCGUGCCCCCGGUUCUCCGUCUCGAUCAGCCUAGCCGAAACCUCUCAUGAUUUUCACGACUCGCGGGCCAGACAGGGUAGAGAGUCCAGUAUCCUCGCAACGCUCCGUCUACGCCCCCAUCCUUGCGUCCUCGUGCGUCCUCGCCGUCCGUCAUCGACUGAUCUGCCAUGGUUUCGGUUCUACGAGGAUCGCGAACUGGCCGGACCCGGCGACAGAUGAGUCUGCCACGUUCGGGGGUUUGCCGAAUGCGCGCGUCACAUCAGAGAGAGACCAUCCGAGGACCGCGUCUUGGGGUGGUGAGAGGAGGGAGACCAAGAUUCCUGGACGUCUGAUGCCGCUUCCCUCCUUACUUCAUCUCCACGUCUUUGCCGUUCUCACAUGUUGCAUUUGCGUGUAUCGGGGUAGCGAAGGAGGUAGGGUGUCGUGUGUCGUUUCACCGUUCCAUAUUGCGGGACUACGGUCUCUUGUCGCAGCGCAAUGCGAUCUCGUGGAACAAUCCGGAAUGCGAUGAAGGAUGAGGUAAUCGGGGAACAAGCUGAACGCGGGCAUCAUCCCAAACCGCAACGAAAAUGAGCCCGGGUGACUUCCGUGUCGCACCUCCAUGUCACCCGGCCGGGAGCGCGUCCAGCUUCAGCAUUCGGCCACCGAGAUACUCCUUCUCAGCGCACCGAAAAAGACACAAAAGUCCGCACAUCCCCAGCUUACUCACGACCGCCUCCCCCGCCGCUGAAAUCGUCUCAAAUCCAACUGCACGGCCCCCGCACCACCACCCCCACCACCCAG